GUACUUAAACUUCCUAUCUAUUGACAUGAAGAUAUAGAAUAUGUGAUCCUAAAGCAUAUAAAGAAUAGUCUAUUAGCAGGAACUGUUAAUUAUGUUUACAAACAGCUUGUUUAUAGCUAAUAAGAAUUUAGUAAGCAUGAUUAAGGAGCUGAUUUCUAACAACCACUACUUAAUUAAAAUUAAAAUAAGUCGGAGCUAAAAACUACUAGAAUAAAAGAAGUAGAGAGAGCCGACGAGAGGAGUUAGCUGAGGGCCUGAGAGAAAGAGAUGGUCAAACAAAUUCGUUUCCCACUCUUAUCAAUACUACUCAUCAUCAUAAUUUCCUCUUCAAUUCUUCCAUCAUCUUGUAAUCCACAAAUCACUAAAUCUCCCAAAAUAAACAAAGUUUGCAUAAUAGGUAGUGGUAUUUCAGGUUCAUCACUAUCUCAUUUCCUUAGAAAGUAUUCAGAAGAUCGGAAUUUAAUCGGUGAAAUUCAUAUUUUUGAACGGAAUGGAAUUGUUGGAGGAAGAACAGCUACAGUUACUAUUGGGGGAGAUACAUUUGAAGCUGGUGGAUCUAUCAUUCAUCCGAAGAACUAUCAUGCUUUGAAUUUCACUCAUUUGCUUAACCUGAAAAUCAAAACACCCUCUGAUGGUUCUUUGGGGAUUUGGGAUGGUUCUCAAUUUCUCAUUAAAACCCUUGAUAAUAAAAAUAACAGAAAACUUAUUUCUCUUUACAAUUCUUUCCGCUUGUUUUUCCGGUACGGGCUCUCCCUCCUCAAAAUGGAUCCAUUCAUAAAGACUAUGCUGGGUAAUUUUUUGAAUUAUUACACUGAUCUUGAAUCUCGACCAGUUUUUGAGACUGUGGAGGAGAUGCUGAAAUGGUCAAAAUUAUAUAACCUAACUCGUGGGACUCUACAAGAGGAGUUGAUUGAGGCUGGCUUAGCUCCUAAACUCAUAUCUGAACUCAUUACUGUAAUCACAAGAAUCAACUACGGGCAGAGUAUGAGUAUCAGUGGCCUUGCUGGAGCGGUUUCAAUGGCAGGGAGUGAUGAUGGAUUAUGGGCAGUGGAAGGAGGAAACUGGCAGAUUGCUGCUGGCCUUAUAAAGCAUUCAAAUGUUACAUUACAUCUCCAUGAAGAAAUUGAAUCUGUUUCCCAUAUCGGAGGGAGUUAUGAGUUGAACUCCACCACAGGGAAUACUUAUUCCUGUGGAGUAGCAGUUGUUGCUACACCAUUGGAUGAGGUUAAAAUCCGCUUUUCCCCACCAAUCUCAAUUCCUGAAAGGAGGUUACAACACACACAUGCUACUUUUGUUAGGGGCAUCUUAAACCCUGGUUAUUUUGGAAUGAAUUCGGUCGUGAACAUUCCAGAAUGCGUGGGCACCAUCGAGGAUCCCAGCCUACCUUUUACCAGCAUUUCUGUUCUCAAGAAAUACAGUGAAGACGAUAUGACUUACAAGAUUUUCUCUCGUGCACCCAUGGAAGACACAUUACUUGAUCAAUUAUUCAGAACGGUGAAGGAGGUGAUUCGGAUAAACUGGGGUGCAUACCCUCACUACCAUGCACCUGAGGUAUUUUCCCCAUUUGUGUUGGAUGGGUUGCAUUUAUACUAUGUCAAUGCCUUCGAAAAUGCAGCCAGCACAAUUGAAACUGGCGCUGUUGCAGCAGAAAAUGUUGCGCGGCUCAUAUUAUCACGUUGCUGUGGUCACACAUCAACUUCGUCGCAUUUGAGACAGUUCGUUUCUGAGGUUCACUUUUGCCCUUACUGCUGCUUCCCCUCAACAGUAACUGACUAUGGUGGUGGUGGAGGUAUUUUCCUAUAAACUGGCAACAAAAGCAGCAAAUCGUAAAACGGAGGUUCUUCUUAGUCUGCAGAAAGCUAUUGCUGCAUUCGCUGCCCACUCUUGAACUCAGCAAAUACAAAGAAAAAGUGGCGACUUCUCGGACAACAGUUAAGAUGAGGAUCACUUAAUUAAGUGCAACACAAAACUGUUACCUUCUUAAAUUUAAUUUCCCUGUUUUUUGGAU